AUGACUUUCAUUCUCCCUCGUGGGCCUAAGAUGAUCGAGGCCAUCUGCCCUGGUUGCUUCAAGUCGUUUACCAAGAUAGGCAGCAUGCACCGCCCAGCCCUGCUUAUGUCUAUGAAGCACAUAUACGAGGACCGUUGCCGCAAUCCUGUCCCACGAUUCGUCAAGAAGAUUAAAGCUGAACACAACGCUCGCGUAGCCGCCGCCGCAGCUCGUUCAGCUGCCCGUGCUGCCGCGCGAGCCGCCCCGGCCGCGGCCGCCCCACCCCCGCCUGAGCAGAAUACCAACACGCAGGUCAAGAUUGAAGGCCAGGAACCCACAAAACACUGCCUACCGUCACUCGACUGUGGCUGUGGAGUGACAUUUUCUCACAAGACUGACCUCGACUUGCAUAAGAACGGCGGCUACUGUGUUGCCAAGCAAUCCCAAUGGCAGCCCCAACCGCAGCCUUUCGACCUCAACUACUUCGACGCCAACUGGAUGGCAUUCGAUACUACGUGGGGACAGUCUUGGCCGCAGGCACAGCCCCAACUCACGAACUGGACGAGCACGAGUCCUGGAUGUGCUUGA